AUGGCGAGGGGGGCAGGUCGGGAGGAGGCCGCCUGGCCGGCUCGCUGCUCCUCUGGCGGCCGGAACCCCCGCUUCCUCUCCCCCUGGAGUCGGGGCAGCGCUUUCCAGCGGCCCCUCUGGCUGGUUUACAUGGCGCUUCUCUGGAGGCUCAGCGCGGCCGAGACGGAGUUUUCCAUCUUGGAUGAAGCGCAAGUUUUAGCAACUCAGAUGAAGAAACUUGCCACAGAGGAGCUGGGGGUCGUCACUAUGCAGCGGAUAUUCAACUCCUUUGUGUAUACCGAAAAAAUCUCAAAUGGAGAAAGUGAAGUUCAACAGCUGGCAAAAAAAAUUCGGGAGAAGUUUAACCGUUAUUUGGAUGUAGUGAAUCGCAAUAAGCAAGUAGUGGAAGCUUCAUAUACUGCUCACCUGACAUCACCCCUGACUGCAAUCCAAGACUGCUGUACUAUUCCACCGUCUAUGAUGGAGUUUGAUGGGAAUUUUAACACCAACGUUUCUAGAACUAUUAGCUGUGAUAGAUUGUCCACCACAGUUAAUAGCAAAGCCUUCAAUCCAGGACGUGAUUUAAACUCUGUUCUUGCUGACAAUCUGAAGUCUAACCCAGGAAUUAAAUGGCAAUACUUUAGCUCAGAAGAAGGCAUUUUUACUGUGUUUCCAGCACACAAGUUCCGGUGUAAGGGAAGUUACGAACACCGUAGCAGGCCUGUCUAUGUCUCUACGGUUAGACCCCAGUCUAAGCACAUAGUUAUCAUUGUGGACCAUGGGGCUUCAGUCACAGAGACACAACUUCAAAUUGCCAAAGAUGCAGCUCAGGUUAUUCUGAGCUCUAUAGAUGAACAUGAUAAGAUCUCAGUGCUAACCGUGGCAGACACAGUAAGAACCUGCUCACUGGAUCAGUGCUAUAAGACAUUUUUGUCUCCUGCCACUAGUGAGACAAAAAGGAAGAUGUCCACCUUCGUUAGUAGUAUAAAAUCAUCCGACAACCCUACCCAGCAUGCAGUGGGAUUUCAAAAGGCUUUUCAAUUAAUACGAAAUACAAACAAUGGCACAAAACUCCAAGGAAAUACAGAUAUGGUCAUAAUUUAUCUGUCAGCUGGGAUUACAUCAAAAGAUGCUUCAGAUGAUGAUAAAAAGGCUACUCUCCGUGUCAUCAAUGAAGAAAAUAGUUUCCUCAAUAACUCAGUAAUGAUUCUCACUUAUGCACUCAUGAACGAGGGAGUGACAGGCUUAAAAGAACUGGCAUUUCUCCGAGAUCUGGCAGAACAGAACUCGGUGAAGUAUGGAGUGCCUGAUCGAACUGCCUUACCUGUGAUCAAGGGGAGUAUGAUGGUCUUGAACCAGCUCAGUAACUUGGAAACCACAGUGGGUCGAUUUUAUACAAACCUCCCCAACCGAAUGAUUGAUGAGGCAGUCUUCAGUCUGCCCUUCUCAGAUGAAAUGGGAGACGGUCUGAUAAUGACUGUAAGUAAACCUUGUUACUUUGGAAACAUGCUGCUUGGGAUUGUGGGAGUGGAUGUUAACCUGGCAUAUAUCUUGGAGGAUGUGACCUAUUAUCAAGAUUCUUUGGCUUCCUACACAUUUCUCAUAGACAAUAAAGGGUAUACUCUUAUGCAUCCAUCCCUUACAAGGCCUUAUUUGCUGUCUGAACCACCACUUCACACUGACAUCAUACAUUACGAGAACAUUCCAAAAUUUGAAUUGGUUCGGCAGAACAUCCUUAGCCUCCCUCUGGGCAGUCAGAUUAUUACAGUCCCAGUGAACUCCUCACUGUCUUGGCAUGUAAACAAACUGAGAGAAAUUGGAAAAGAAGCCUACAACGUCAGCUAUGCCUGGAAAAUGGCCCAAGACACAUCCUUCAUUCUUUGUGUUGUGGUAAUACAGCCAGAAAUACCUGUUAAACAGCUCAAGAAUCUGAACACCAUCCCUAGCAGCAAGCUACUGUAUCAUCGACUGGAUCUAUUGGGCCAGCCCAAUGCCUGUCUGCACUUCAAGCAGCUGGCGACCUUAGAAAGUCCCACCGUAAUGCUGUCUGCAGGUAGUUUUUCUUCUCCGUAUGAACAUCUGAGCCAACCUGAGACCAAACGGAUGGUGGAACACUACACGGCAUACCUCAGCGACAACACUCGUCUUAUUGCUAACCCUGGGCUUAAAUUCUCUGUCAGAAAUGAAGUAAUGGCUACCAGUCACGUCACAGAUGAAUGGAUGACACAAAUGGAAAUGAGUAGCUUGAACAGUUACAUUGUCCGCCGUUACAUAGCAACGCCCAAUGGGGUGCUCAGAAUUUAUCCUGGUUCUCUCAUGGACAAAGCAUUUGAUCCCACUAGGAGACAAUGGUACUUGCAUGCAGUGGCUAAUCCGGGGCUAAUAACUUUCACUGGUCCCUAUUUAGAUGUUGGAGGAGCUGGCUAUGUUGUUACAAUCAGCCACACUGUUCAUUCUUCAAGUGCACAAAUGUCUUCAGGACAUUCUGUGGCUGUGAUGGGCAUUGACUUUACUCUGCGGUACUUCUAUAAGGUUCUAAUGGACUUGCUCCCAGUUUGCAACCAAGAUGGAGGCAACAAAAUAAGGUGCUUUAUUAUGGAGGAUAGAGGGUAUCUCGUGGCACACCCAACUCUCAUUGAUCCUAAAGGUCAUGCUCCGGUAGAACAGCAGCAUAUUACACACAAGGAACCCUUGGUAGCAAAUGACAUUCUAAACCACCCAAACUUCGUGAAGAAAAACCUCUGCAAUAGUUUCAGUGACAGAACAGUUCAGAGGUUUUAUAAAUUUAACACUAGCCUAGUGGGUGAUCUGACAAACCUAGUGCAUGGCAGCCACUGUUCUAAAUACAGACUGACAAGAAUACCUGGAACCAAUGCCUUUGUUGGAAUAGUCAAUGAAACCUGUGACUCUCUUGCUUUCUGUGCCUGCAGUAUGGUAGACAGGCUCUGUCUGAACUGUCACAGAAUGGAACAAAACGAAUGUGAAUGCCCUUGUGAAUGCCCUCUGGAGGUCAAUGAAUGUACUGGCAACCUUACCAAUGCAGAAAGCAGGAAUCCUAGUUGUGAAGUCCACCAGGAACCGAUGGCAUUCACAGCAAUUGAUCCUAGCCUACAGGAUGCUCUUCCACAAUGUAUUAACACGCGGUGUAAUCAGAGGCUGGAGAGUGGGGAUUGCUUUGGCGUGUUGGACUGUGAGUGGUGUAUGGUGGACAGCGAUGGAAAGACCCAUCUGGAUAAAUCCUACUGCGCACCUCAGAAGGAAUGCUUUGGUGGCAUUGUGGGAGCUAAAAGCCCUUACGUGGAUGACAUGGGUGCGAUAGGAGAUGAGGUGGUCACUUUGAACAUGAUAAAAAGUGCUCCUGUUGGUCCUGUAGCCGGAGGUAUUAUGGGAUGCAUCAUGGUGCUCGUUCUGGCAGUAUACGCAUAUCGUCACCAGAUCCACCGGAGGAGUCACCAGCACAUGUCACCUCUUGCUGCACAGGAAAUGUCAGUGCGUAUGUCCAACCUGGAGAAUGAUAGGGAUGAGAGAGAUGAUGACAGCCAUGAAGACAGAGGAAUCAUCAGCAACACUCGGUUUAUAGCAGCUGUAAUUGAGCGGCACGCCCACAGUCCAGAACGUAGACGUCGGUACUGGGGGCGAUCGGGAACAGAGAGCGAUCACGGCUAUAGCACUAUGAGUCCUCAGGAAGACAGUGAAAAUCCUCCAUGCAAUAAUGAUCCACUAUCAGCUGGUGUUGACGUUGGAAACCAUGAUGAAGAUUUAGAUCUGGAUACCCCACCUCAAACAGCUGCACUCUUGAGUCAUAAGUUUCACCACUACAGGUUGCACCAUCCAACUCUUCAUCACAGCCACCACUUACAGGCAGCAGUCACAGUGCACACUGUGGAUGCGGAAUGCUAA